UACAAUUCUAUAACGUAUUUGGUGAUUACUGCUCCAUCGAUUAUUCCGACGAGAUGCGAUCAUUGCGAUGUCGUCGUAAAUAGGAGCUUUCGAAGCAUUGAUGACAUACUUAUCAUAUUGAAUGCAUUUACGGGUGUGCUUGUACCAUAUGUGGGACUAAAGUUUAUAUUGGGAACUCCAUUUGUAGUUAUUUUUUUAAUCUAUAAAUGGCGAAGGCGUCAUUUAUCAAUGUAUAAUUCUAUUGAGGAAUUCCUUCACACUCAAAAUAAUCUUACUCCUAUAAGAUACUCAUUUAGAGAUAUAAAGAAGAUGACCCAAAAUUUCAAGAAUAAAUUAGGUGAAGGAGGUUAUGGCUCUGUGUUCAAAGGAAAGCUUCGUAGUGGUCGUUUUGUUGCGGUGAAGAUAUUGAGUAAAUCCAAAGGAAAUGGACAAGAUUUCAUCAAUGAAAUUUCUACAAUUGGAACAAUUCAUCAUGUCAAUGUCGUUCGUUUGAUAGGAUUUUGUGUCCAUUCCUCGAAUCACGCUCUCGUGUAUGAUUUCAUGUCCAAUGGAUCUUUAGAAAAAUAUAUUUUUUCUCACGAAGGAAUUGCCUCUUUAAGUUGCAAGCAAAUUUUUGAAAUUUCGCUUGGUGUGGCACGUGGAAUUGAAUAUUUGCAUCAAGGAUGUCACAUGCAAAUUUUACACUUUGAUAUUAAGCCUCACAACAUUCUUUUGGAUGAAAAUUUUAAUCCAAAAGUUUCUGAUUUUGGGUUAGCAAGAUUAUGCCCGUUGGAUAAUCAGAAUUUGUCUCUAACUGCAGCAAGAGGAACAUUAGGAUACAUAGCUCCAGAAUUAUUUUACAAAAAUAUUGGAAGAGUUUCUAAUAAGGCCGAUGUGUAUAGUUUUGGAAUGUUAUUGAUGGAGAUGGUAGGUAAAAGGAAAAAUAUAAAAGCGGAUGCGGAAAAUACUAGCCAAAUUUACUUUCCUUCUUGGGUGCAUGAUCAACUAAGUGAAGGAAAAAAUAUAGACAUAGAAACAACACUUACAGAUGAGGAAAAUUCAAAGGUUAUGAAGAAGAUGAUUAUAGUAGCAUUAUGGUGUAUACAACUGAAGCCAAGUGAUCGCCCUACAAUGAACAAAGUUAUAGAAUUACUUGAAGGAGAAGUUGAUUGUCUACAAAUACCUCCUAAGCCUUCUCUAUAUCAGCUAGACAAGCCUAGAGAACUUGUCCAAGAGGCAUCAUGUUCAAUGAAUUCAACAAUACCAUCAUUAACACUACCAAGAUAAGUUCAAACCUACAUCUUGGCAAAUUUUAGUUGGUGAUAUAUGACAAUAAAUAAUGGAUUUGAUAUAAAUCCAAACCUAAUUAUUGUGAGUUACUUUUUUCUUGUGUUUUAUUUUAUUUCAAUUUUUGUGAUUUAACUUUGAAAGGUCAUAAUGGAAAGGAUUUUUCUUUCAUGAUUA